AUGGCCCUUUCCAUAUGGAGAUGCAUGCUGAACAGCUCUGCAGCAAGAUGCCAUCUGCACAGAUCCCUGUCUCUGUAUAACAGCAGCCAUGGUUUUAAAGAAGAAGAAAUUAAAAAUAAGCUAGCUCUGUUAACAGGAGGAUCAGUGGCACUCAUUAAAAGAGAAAAUGGAAUUGCAGAGCUGUGCAUUGAUAAUCCAGCUCGAAUGAAUGCAUUUACAGGAACAAUGAUGAUAGAAUUAUCAGAAUGUGUUAGUGAUCUGGAGAACUGGCAGGAAGGGAAAGGACUUAUUGUUUAUGGUGCAGAGAACACAUUCUGUUCUGGUUCAGACUUAAAUGCCGUUAAAGCUGUUACCAAUCCACAGGAUGGGGUGAUGAUGUGUAUGUUCAUUCAGAACACUCUGACGAAACUACAGAGAUUGCCACUCAUUAGUGUUGCACUAGUUCAAGGAAAAGCAUUGGGAGGAGGGGCUGAGUUAUGUACAGCAUGUGAUUUCAGGUUGAUGACUGAAGAUAGUGAAAUCAGAUUUGUCCAUAAACAUAUGGGUUUGGUUCCAGGUUGGGGCGGAGCAACAAGAUUGAUUCAGCUUAUUGGAAGUAGACAUGCCCUGAAACUACUCAGCAGUGCUCUCCGUGUUCAUCCUAAAUACGCACUGAAUAUUGGUCUUGCUGAUGAGAUUUUGUCUUCUGGUACAGAUGGACCAUUGGCAGAAGCCCAAAAAUGGAUAGCAUCCUACACAAAAGGAGCAGCUGAUGUGAACAGAGCUGUAAAAAAAGUAGUAGCUUCUGGAAGAGAGAAGUUAUUUGAGGAUUCUCUGAGGACAGAGAAAGAGAUUUUUGGAACAGUGUGGGGUGGGCCUGCCAACAUGCAGGCAUUGUCAAAAGGAACCAAACACAAUGAAUGA